AUGGCUCGCAAUGUACCAGAGGCCUCAGAAUCUCCGGUGAGGCACAGGCAGUCUCCUCGCCGGAGAAGUGAAUCUAGAAGAGAAGAAUCCUCGAGUUUGUCGAAUCGUAGCUCUAGGUCUCCUUCACCGAGGACAAAGAGACUGAGAAGAGCUCAAGGUGAAAGGGAGGUUGGGAGAAGCAGAGAAAGAGAAGACGAGAAGCAUAAAAGCAGCAGAGGAAGGGAGAAGAGCAGCAGUAGGGACGUAGAAAGGGAAAGGGAUGGUGAAAAAGGAAGAGAAAGAGACAGGGAGAGAAGAAGAGACGGAGAAAAGGAGAAGACAAGGGACACAUCAGAUAGGGAAAUUGGGGAUAAGAGAAGACGCUCAGGGAGAGAGGAAACUGAGGAAAGGCAAAAGGCAGGAACAGAGGAUGAGAGACAAACUAGAGGAAGACGUGAGAGGUCUACUUCACCGUUAGAUAAGAGUCACAGGAGUAGGCGUUCACCAGAAAGAGCUCCUGUCUCAAGGCAUUACGAGGGGUCUAACGCAAGAGGGGGCGGCGAGGAACCCAGUGAUGAAGAAGAUUCCAUUGCUAGAAUGAGAGCAGCUGAAGAAGCUCUAGCAGCGAAGAAAAAGGAAGAACCAUCUUUUGAGCUAUCAGGGAAACUUGCUGAAGAAACCAACAGAUACAGAGGUAUCACAAUCCUCUUCAGUGAGCCACCAGAGGCUAGAAAACCCAAAGAAAGAUGGAGACUUUAUGUUUUCAAGGAUGGUGAACCACUGAAUGACCCAAUCCAACUUCACCGCCAAAGCUGCUAUCUAUUUGGACGUGAGAGAAGAAUAGCAGACGUUCCUACUGAUCACCCAUCUUGCAGCAAGCAGCAUGCUGUUAUUCAAUACAGGGAAAUGGAAAUGGAGAAACCAGAUGGUAUGGUGGUGAAACAAGUGAAGCCUUACAUUAUGGAUCUUGGCAGUACCAACAAAACUUACAUCAAUGAAAAGCCUAUUGAACCAGAGCGAUACUAUGAGCUUUUCGAGAAAGAUACCAUCAAGUUUGGCAACAGCAGCCGAGAGUACGUACUGUUGCACGAGAAUUCUGCUGAGUGA